GCAAUGGCAUGACGGGCAAUGGUUCACCUGUCUUCACCUAUACAGCAGAGCCGCUCAACGGGCUUUUACUUGUGUUCCGAACAUCGCGAUCACGGGUCAACAGCUUCUCCAUAACUCGGGGACCUGACUGUAUAUCCGACCCGCGUAGUGACAGGGGAGGUUCCGAGCAUUUGGACCCCUGAAGGAAUGUUGGGUACGGUGACGGUCGGAAGAUGAUCAAGUCCUCCCGUUGCAUUGGGACUGAGCAAUCCGAAAGCUGGGCCACAUGUGAUGUAACCCACUUCCUUGCCGGCUGGGUUUGCGUGCUCUCAUUGGCUGCGGGUGGCGAUCGGGCUGCGUGUGCCCUGACAAGGGUGCCGAGGCCAUCAGGGGACAUUCCCAGCAAAUCCAUCUCCGCCCACGGCCAUGGCGCAAUAUCCUGCUGGCGUCGUCCUCGUGCGACUCUCGCCAGAGGGGGCAACCGAGUCGUGGGAGCCGGGCUGCGCACCAGGCUCGGGCUGGUAGUGAAUGGGCAUUGUGGCCGAUCGGCUCGUGUUGUCGCCUUGCUACGCGUAAUCCUGGGCGACGAUUCCCAGAUCGGCCCGCCACAUGCAAGUGUCCUUCCUGGUCACUCCAGCCGGAAGGCCAGGCCAGGUAGGGUUGAUGUGCAUACCCGGAACCCAUGGGUACAAGGGACAACCGUGGCCUGCCCGACGACAUGCCGGUGCCGGUGCAGGCAUAUGGUCCUCGUCCUGUGCGAGAGCCGACACUACAUGCGUAUCUAGGCUAGGUAGUGAGUGUAUCUACCUAGGUACUUAGGUAUGCAGCAAUGUUGACUUUGUCCCGUCAGGCAUCGUGUCCUGAGCCUCCGGUGUGCAGGCAGGGCCGAACAAGGGCCUCCUUGGAGAUGAGCACCAGAGAUUGUCUGGUGCAGCUGGCGCUUGUGUACGUGCUUCGCCCUCUGCCUCGUGCUUGUGCGAGCCCAGCCCUAUA